UGGGCUGUGACGCGCAUUGAGCUUGGCAGGUUCAACUCUGACUGAGCAGGAAGAAGCAAUAGUUCAGAGCUCUUUGGAAGCAAACAGUUUCAUUUUAAAAAAGUUGGUGAAUUAAAUCAUCUCAGUCACCGAUUAAAGAGACGACGCGAAGAUGUCUGUCGCUGGACUCAAGAAGCAGUUUUAUAAAGCGAGUCAGUUGAUGAGUGAGAAAGUUGGGGGAGCAGAAGGAACGAAACUAAAUGACGACUUCAAAGACCUCGAGAGGAAAGCUGACAUCACUAGUAAAGCCAUAGCAGACGUGCUCUGUAAGACCACAGAAUAUCUUCAGCCCAACCCAGCAUCUAGAGCGAGGCUGACCAUGGUGAACAGCAUGUCUAAGAUGCGUGGGCAGGUGAAGAGCCCAGGGUACCCGCAGGCUGAGGGACUUCUGGGAGAAUGUAUGCUGAAGUACGGACGAGACCUAGGAGAGGACACCAACUUUGGUGGUGCUUUGGGUGAGAUGGGAGAAUCCAUGAGGAGACUGGCAGAAAUUAAGGAUUCUCUGGACAUUGAUGUCAAACAGAACUUUAUUGACCCUUUCCAAAUGAUAAUUGACAAAGACCUGAAAGACAUACAGCAUCAACUGAAGAAACUGGAGGGCCGUCGGUUGGAUUACGACUACAAGAAGAAGCGUCAAGGCAAGAUUCCCGAUGAGGAACUCAGGCUAGCGGGAGAGAAAUUCCAUGAGUCCAAAGAGGUGGCAGAAACCAGCAUGCAGAACCUUCUGGAUACUGACGUGGAGCAGGUGAGUCAGCUGGCGGCUCUGGUCGAAUCUCAGCUGCAGUUUCACAAACAGUCGAUGGAGGUCCUGCAGGAUCUGGCCGAGAAAAUGAGAGAGAGAGUAAACCAGGCCCAGUCACAGCCCCGCCCGAAACGGAUGCCAGCAUCCAGACCCAGUUUUGAUUAUUCUGAACCUGAAGAUUCCAAUGGAGGGUGGAACCCUCCUGCUACCCCGCCCUCCUACUCCUCAGCGGCCCCCUCUUCCCAGUUUAACAGGACGUCUACACGCAAAAAACGUAAUUUCUCCAUAGCGACGGAUCAGCCGUGUUGUAAGGCGCUGUACGACUUUGAGCCGGAGAACGACGGGGAGCUGGGUUUCAUGGAGGGCGACAUCAUCACGCUAACAAAUCAGAUCGAUGAGAACUGGUACGAGGGAACCAUACGCGGUCAGGCAGGAUUGUUCCCCUGUAACUAUGUAGAGGUGAUGGUUCCUUUCAGACAGUAAUCAGACACAGACGAUGUGAAGAUGAGAGCAUCAGGUACAAACGCAUGUGUGCUAAACAGGGAAAAACAUGUGACUUCUUUUCCACUACCAGCACUUUUUCUUUGUUAAAGAUGGAUAUACGUGUCUGUGUCAUGUUUAACUUAAGGUUUAGAUCCAGCUUUGAUGUUGAUCGCAGUAAAAUAAAGAAUUACUGAAAAGCAUGCCAAAAAUAAAUCUGUUUGGCUUAUGGUUAGUGGGUUCCUUUUAGGGUCAAAUGGAUUUUCUGUUCAUACCAAAAAAUAGUUUCUGUUGAUAAUCACUGCCCUGUGGUGGCUAAAUUUCACUACAACAAUUCUUAAUGCUUGCUGGCUUUUUUCAAUCAUAGCUCAGCUCCUUGAUUGGUGCAAAGCUAGCUGUGUGUGACCUUGUGACAGAAACUGUGUUGGAAUAUAACUGUUUUGAACAUAUCAGGUUAAGAUGAAUUUGUUUGAAUCAUAUGAAUAGCUAACUUUAACCAUCAAGUUGUUCGGCCAGGUUUGUUACAGGGAUUUUGAAUGCUUUCCGUUAAAUCUAUACUUUAGGAAAUACUUAUUUUUUAUAUAGAAAACAGUCAUGUAUUUGUAUUCCUGUUAUUUAUCGUCAGUACACAUAUCAACUGUUGUCUCUUCUCUAUUUUAAUGAAAAAAAGGAACAUCCACUGUAGUUCUCGGAUUUUGAGGAACGGUUUAUUUACCGUGACAACAGGGACAUACUGUAUAAAACUUAAACCUCAUGACGUUACGGUAUGUUAGUCUUUACGGUGGGAUGUUAGGAAAGGGAAACUAAGUCAUUCACUGCUUCAAUGCUCAUUCUGUUUUUCUUGGUACAGGUUUAUUGUUUGUCCUCUUGAAUCAGAUAGGCUUCAUAUAUUUACCUUCUUCAAAGAGGGAAUUUAGAAGUUACUAACCACUGAACGUGACACAGUUCUGUUUCUCACUCUUAUAAACAUAAAGACACACGCGAGGCGGUGGAACUGUAUUACAACCAAUGUGUUUUAACCUCACUGUACAGAUCAUUGUGUGUUAUUCACAGCUGAAGCUUUUCUGCGUAAAUUGUUCAUACUUUAAACAAUAUUCUUAUGUACAGUAAAUAGUCAAACUAAUGUAAGAAAGUAUUUAUGAAUGAUUUACACAGAAAUUACUUCAACUGUUGUUUUGCGGAUUAAUGUAAUUGUUGCUCCUAAAUAAAUGUUUACAUUCUCAUAGCUUUGUAAGUAAUGUCAGUUUAAAUUAUGUCCAUCUCUUAUGUCAAAUUAAUGGUAUUUCUUUGUUACGGUCUUUAAUGCUUUAACAGAUAGCUAACGUUAUCCCUCCCAUGAAAUUCAAUAACUCCACUUAAGAUGAAAGUGAGGUCUUUGCAGUAGUUGUUGAUUAUAUAUUUGAAUAACACGCCAAAGGGAGAAACUGGAUCAGUUUUCAGGCUUUUCAGGGCAGAUCCAGGUGGACCAGAUCACGUUUCAGAGUUCUUCUCAAAUCAUUUUGGAAUAGUGACAAAAUAAGACCUUUCAAAUAGAAAAUCUAGGAUCGAGUUCAAGUUUUUGAAGUGUACUGUAAAAGCAUCAGAAGUGAUUCUGUACAGAUGGCGUCAUACAGGGCGCUUUAGUUCAGGGUGUAUUUGCUGUCAUAGAGCGUGUUUACUGUGGCACGUUUAGAAAGAUCGCUCCCACCGUUCCUAUAAAACAAAUACAGAUAUCAGAUUAAAAAAAGAUAUUCCUCCAACAUCUAUCUCUAUUUAUUUUUCUGUCCUUAUUCACACCUUAACUUGUCAACAGAUCUGAUUUCUUUACUUCAAAUGAAAUCAAUGCAGUGCGAUCUGAUUUCUUACAGCAUAAACAGCUUAAACAACUCAAGAUAUUGUUUUUUUAAGGGCCAUUGGUCUCAGAUUGGAUUUGUUAGAGGUUUAGCUGGUCAUGACCUGAGAAACCAUAUUUACAUUGUGCUGUAUUUCCCUAUGCUUCUUGGAAGUACUGUAUUCUCAACAUGUUUGUAUGUUUAAGUGCCUUAUUGUUGAUGCAUUAGAUCAGUCACACUACAUUUAAUAGUAAUAAUAUUUUUAUAUGGGUGGAACGUGUUGGGUCUACAAAGAAAAAAAGAGUCUCUGCAUAUUCUGUGAUUGUCUGUCAUGUCCCUGUUGAACAUUAUCAGACCUCGAACUGAAAUCAGGUUUUAUUAUAGUCUAAUGUUUCAGAAAGUAUUGAAUGAAUUUUCUUGGAAUCAGUAUAUUCUGUUAAGACAUUAGAUGUAUUUCUCUUGUGCAGGUUUAAGAGAACUGUAUAUUGUUAUCUGAAAUAAAUGUGGAGAAAUAUG